GUAUCUUGCACAUAUGACUUCUGCAUAUACUAAAUGAGAAAUACAGGAGCAGUAUUUCACAAAUACUGAACCGGAAACGUUAUGCACGGAUGUUAAAAAAUGAGCCAUAAUUGUGUCAGGAUCUAUUUACUGUACUACUGCAGUAGUACUAUUACUUCCUGUACUACGCAGUAUUUUCAUUUACUGCGCUGUCUGUGUCCACAGUGACUGUUGUUGCUGUAUAUUCUGAAAUCGCGCUGAACAGCCAGAUUCAUAUAAAACCCCCAUGCCACCUAAAAGAGACGCAGGAGCGCAAACACAACCACCAGUCAAGAUGAUAAGGAUCGGCCCCGACGCGCAGGGGUUUGGCUGUGACACAGUGGAGGAUAAGUACAGGAUGGCUGAGGAAUCCAGCUACUCACCUUUUCCCAAUAACGAGCAAGACAACAUUGAUUUUGAUGAAGAAAAUGUUUCAAGUCCAGGCAUCAGGACAGACACCAUCAGCCUCCUUAUGAAAGUAGAGCAACUGCAGGCACAACUUAAGUACGAGCGCAGAUGUAGGAUUUUGGCAGAGAGAGAGCUGAGGGAGCUGAAAGAGAUGAACGCUCUCAUGAUGCAGAUGAGGCACACAGCACAUGAACUACGAGUCACACUGGAUCACGUUCUCCAAGGAGGCGAGGCAGCAGUCGCACCACAGGGCUCUCAGGAUGAAACUCUCUCUUUCCUGGCUGAACCUGAGGCAGAGAUGAGAGCGGUUCAUGACAUCCCUGAGGAUGAUCAUGUCAACUUUGUGUAUCUUGCUGAGAAUAUUCAAGUGCCGAAAAAUCUUUAUGAGCGCAUUGCAGAGAUUGGAGACUAUAAGAAGUACACGUCAGCACUACUGAUGAUCCUUUUUGACAGAGAGACAUUGGCCACUCAUUCUCUGCAGGGCCGCAGGAGUACUUUCACUGGAGAAGACUGCCACAAGCCUCAGCUGCCACCCGAGAUCCUGAGGAGUGUAAUUGAUCAUGUGGCGGUCAAGUUUGCGGUCGAUGGCAGCCAAAUCAAAACUGCAAUACGCACAAAGUUGAACAAUGAGGACAAACUAUUAAAGAAGAGACUGGGUUUGGGCAAAGCUGAACACAAAGCUGUUAUUGAACAAAGCCUUUGCCCAGAUGCUUCACUCCUGCCUGAAAAUGGAGCCAUGAGAAGUGAUUCACAGUUAUAGCCUUUUUGAGUCUGCCUUAAUGUACCGGUCACAAUAUAAUGUUGGAUAGUGACAGGUUGCCUUUUUUUAAAUGCACAAAUCAUUGAUAAAGUAUUAAAAUCUAGUGUUUGAAGCUGGUACCUUUUUUUUCAAACUUUUUAUAAAUCUUCCUUUUUUGUUUUAACAGUUAUUUUGUCUUUUGUGUGUGUUCUAAAAAAUUAACUUGGUAACAAAGACUUCAAACUGCACUAUAUAAUGUCACAUGUGUAACCAUGAGUAAUAUAAAAAGCAAGUGUCUUAUGUCAUUUGAGGUAGUAGGUGCUUAGUCUGUUAAUUAUUUACACUGGGUUGAAUUUUCAAGCAGCUAAACUUUAUGUAAAACAUGUUAAAAGUAGAGUAUUUAGAAUGGUUUCAAAUAAUAGGGGCGUAGUUGGUAACUUGUUGACGGCAAACUGUGCAUUACACCAUGAUACUGUGUUUCUAGAGUAGUAUUUUUGCAGUUGCAAAUUAUGAUGUAAGUGAUAUUCAAUCUUCCUGCUUCCAUAACCUUUUUGUCAACUCUCUGUUUGUUGUGUUUGUGUAAGAGUCAAUAAAGUUUUAUGUUAUGUUAUA